ACACACAAGACAAUCACACCAUUAUUAUCGCAACUCAUCCGACAGGACGAGAUCCCUUGAUAGGUGGAGGAGGAGAAGGGAAACGCCCGAUUGAAGUACCUUGCCACCCAACCUCGCAUACAUUCGCCGUCCAACUUUUUGCCCAUCACCAUGGCCGAAACGAAGCUUCAGAAAACACCCUUCGUAAAGCAGCUCGCUGCGAAUGGUAAUAUCUACGCCCCAUCGGUCCACUCUUUGGGUUGUCUGUGAAAUUUCUGACAUCAAACAGAUCGGCCCACCCGUGAUAGAGCGGUCGCAUCGUUACAAACGUACCUAUCCUCUCGUCGAGACUUUACCAAAAUUGAAUUUCUGAAACUUUGGAAAGGACUAUUCUACUGUCAGUCACUUCCUCUCUUUCCUUCUUUUAAACAUGGGGAGCCUCUUACCCAUUGGUAAUAAGGGUUUCCUUUCAAUUGACUCACGUACUUACUACCACGGUUACGAGUGCAGGCAUGUGGUUAUCGGACAGACCGAGAACCCAGCAGCGUCUUGUGAUAGAUCUGGCGAGAUUACUGGACUCUAUGGAAAUUAAGAAUGCGGAUCUCUUCUUGGAAGCUUUCUGGAUUACCAUCGCCAGGGAAUGGAAUGGCGUGGAUGUUCUUCGCAUGGAUAAGUUCCUCCUCUUAGUGAGGGGGUAUCUUGCCUCGAGUUUUAGAUAUCUAGACGCAAGGAAGUGGGAGAAGGAUCUCGUGAGGCGGUUCAUGAACCUGCUUAGAGAGAUUCCACUUAGGUUUGUUUCCCCCCCGCCCGUGCCUCUGGGCUGUUCUCGCUGACGGCGACGGUGACGAUAGUCCCAAAGAUAUGAAGGUUCCCAACGGACUACGCUACCACUUAAUAGACAUCUAUGUGGAUGAGUUAGAGAAAUUAAAGCCAGAGGAGAUGAAGAUUCCCAUGCCAAUUGCUACCCUACUAUCACCAUUUGAGGAGUUGGUGCUUGCUUCUCCAACUAAACUUGUACGCACCAGAUCCAAGGAGCUGUUAUGCGAUGGGCGAUUGGCGGAUUGGGGAUACGAUAAGGCUCCCGGGGCCGUCAAGUCCCGGCGGAAAGAAGACGCAGAGGGUGAAGAUAGCGACGACGAUGAAGAGAUGAGUGAUGAAGGAGAGGAGUGGGGUGGUAUCGAUGAUUAGGUACUUUUCUACAGUGCUGUUGUAUGAUAUUAAUAAACCCCCUGACGAGAUCUGGUUCCGGGUUUCGGUAUUCCCCGGGGUUGUUACUCCAGGCAGAUAUGUAUUUAUUUUUUUAUGUAGAGCGAGGCUUUUUGGGUGUCGUAUGGAAGUUUCGGACGUGGAGAGGGUCCGACUGGUCCUGGCCUGUGCGAGGAUCUUGGUAUACUCAUGAUAUAUCACUCGACUUGCUAAGUCUUGCUUCCUUGGGGGCUUGCUACUUUGCAACGUCGGAUAGUUCCGGGGCAUUGAAUCCUGUAGCGGGAAAUCCCCCCAGAUUAUCUCGCGGCGCGGGCUAGGUUGGAUCCGGGAGGAUGUUUAGUGGCAGUGGCAGUGGUGAAAAGUUGGCUCUCCGGAGGGGGGGUUUUCUUUUUUUCUCGAUAGGCGUACCGCCAAUGUAUGAUAGAUGAAUCGACAUCCAGAUCCGUUUACUAG